AUGGAUUUUUUAACAUUGGCCUUUGAUAUUCUCCAAUGGAUCGGUGUGUUCCCUUCGCGGGAAUGGUCCAAAUGGAAAUCAUGGUUUUACAGCGUUUACCAAAUAAUGAUUUUUACAAUAAUAUUCUUGACCACGAUACUGAUGACCAUUCAGAUGUUCGUGUCCACAGACUUGACCAUAUUGGCCAGAACCAUAGAUAUGUGGACUUUGUUCUUGUCGGGUCUGUACAAAUGGUUUUAUAUGUCGCUGUUCCACGAAGACUUUGCAAGACUUAAAACGAAACUAUUCGAAAUACAGGCUCUAGGGUCAGUAGCUUUUGGUCGUCGGUCAGCCGAUAUGUUUACGACCAACUAUCUAAAGAAGAUGCAGAGAGUAACUUUUGUACACAUGAUGAGCGGCACGGUUGUGAUUGGUCUCACAAUUGUGAGCCCUUUGCUGAUGUCUCCGAAAGGUGACCGAUCCUAUGUUGAAUAUUACAACGACCCAAAAAGCUACCCGUUUAGUUGCUGGAUGCCAUUUACGGUAAACAAAUCUUGGUUAUUCUGGAUCAUUUUCAACAGUCAUAUCAUCUCGUCAGUGAUUAUUGGAACUACGUAUUUGGGUAUCGAUUCAUUCAUGUUUGGGGCUAUAUACACUAUCGGUGGUCAGAUUGAAUUAUUAAACUCAUCUAUAAAUAGAAUAGGAAACUAUUUAGAAAAAAGUGAGUGUAAUGAACGAGUCAGCUUAUGGGGUACACUGAAAAAAAAACAGAUUCGAUUUUACUCGAUCCUCCGAAAUAAUGUGAAACAUCACAUCUUUAUACUUGAUUACAUUAAAAGAAUACAUAAACUUUUCACUUCGCUUAUAAUCGUGGAUUAUUUACAUGGAAUAACAUCACUUUCGUUUGCUUUAUUCCAAAUAACGACUAGCAAAAACCUAGGCGAAACUAUAAGCAUAGUUAGCUUCGUUGUUGUGAGCGUAUGGCAUCAGUUUCUUAACAAUUUCUUCGGCGAAUUCAUCAUACAAAAACAACUCAGUGUUAGCGUUGCUUUGUACCACACCCCAUGGUGGCGAGCUGAAAAAAGUGUGCGUCAGUUGCUAACCUUGAUGAUGUUAAGAUCUAUUAAACCUACAUUCAUCACAGGAUUCUACAUGUAUAAAUUGAGUUAUGAGUCAUUCAUUUCGUUUAUGAAAGCGUUAUACACGUACUACAUGGUUUUGAAACGUGUCAAUGCAGAAGAUAAAAAAGUUUGAACUUGGAAUCAAGCCUGCUAUUGGAAACGAUUGCUAUAUUAUAUAUUGCUAUAAUGUUUUAAAUAUAACACAAUAAUAAUGCAUCACAACUAUUUUUAAGGUAAGGU